AUGAUGUUGAUUCUGUUGUUGGGAGUAGCAUUUGUUUGUGGGGCAGUGGCUAUUCUAGCCCUGGAAGGUGUAGGAUUGCUGCUCUUCAUACGCCACCUCAAUCGACGAGUUGCCCAGCAACAACGAGAUGAACAACAAGGCCAGCCGGGUUCUUUCCCUAUCCACCACGAUCCCUCUCUCUCCCACAAGCAGGGGAUGAUAUGGAUUUUAGAACCUGAUAACAUGAAGAAAGAUUGGCACAUAGAUAGCUUACCUCGGGAUCAAAAGCGUAAAAGGGAAAUUGUGGAAGUUUUCCCUAUUCAAAAGCAUGGCAUGGUUAAAGAUAAUUCACUGUUCAUCUCGGAAUCAGAUGGUUCCCGCACAGAAGUUAAGCUUAGGGGUUGUACAGUUGCUGCUGUUUCGGCAACAAGCCUCUCAUCAAGAAAAUGGGCCAAAAGGUAUCCUAUUAAAGUUGAGAGUAAAGGAUCAAGAUUGUACAAGGGAAGCAAGAUACUUUACAUUUAUGUGGAUACAUCUUGGGAGAAAGAGUCUUGGUGUAAAGCCCUCCGCCUUGCUUCAAGUUCUGAUGAUGACAAACUUAAGUGGUUUACCAAAUUGAGUUUGGAGUUUCGCCAGUAUGUGGCAUCACUAAACACCGAGUACCCUUCAUUCAUGAAACCAUCUGUGGGUUUGUCAAUUGAUCCGAUUGAUAAGUCAAUCGAGCUUGAUGGCUCCUCAUCAAAGGUUCGUCAAUUUCUGAAGAAAAUUGCGAAGAAGGCUUCCAAAAGUGGUGCAGAGGGAAAGGUAAGUGGGGCUUUGACAUUAGUCAACGAUGAUAGAAAGAGCAGCCAGAGAUCUCGUUCACUCCGUGAUUAUGGUAUUGCUAAUAUGGCCGUAGCAGGGAAGCUUCCAGAGAAUUUGAUGCUUCCAUCUUCCUCGUCUAUCAAUUCUGACUUAGGAAGUAGGGCCUCUGUUGCCUCUGAUGCUGAUUCUGAUGAAAAAGUUUUUGGUGAUGAAGGGACUCUCUGUUGGAAUUUAUUGUUGUCAAGAUUGUUCUUUGAUGCCAAAUGUAACGGAGAGCUAAAGCGUUCCCUUAAAGCACGGAUUCAGAAAUUGUUGUCUGACAUGCGAAGCCCAAGCUAUAUUGGUGAGAUCACUUGCACUUCUGUGGAUCCUGGUAAUCUUCCUCCAUACAUUCAUGCAAUGAGGGUCCUUCCCUCGCAUAUGGAUGAGUUAUGGGCCUUUGAUGUUGACAUUGAAUAUGCUGGUGGUGCGGUAUUAAACAUUGAAACUAGACUUGAAGUCCAGGAACUAGAUUUUCAAAAAGGGGAGGAUGUACCCUUUGAAUCAAGUGAUGUGGAUCAAGUCACUUCAGAUUUGCUGGAGACCUUUGUGCAGUAUGAGAGCGAUUUGAAUAAUCCUGAAGAAAAAGCUGAAAAAUUAGACAAAAGAGAAGGAGAAGAAGCAGAUGGGAUAAGAAGUCAAAAGAAUACAGUGCGCUCAUCAUCUCAGGUGUCCAGGUGGAAGUCUAUGUUGCAUUCUGUUGCAAAGCAGGUUUCACAGGUUCCACUCUCACUGGGAGUACGGGUAACACGGAUUCGAGGAACAGUACGGCUACACAUAAAGCCACCUCCUUCAGAUAGAAUAUGGUAUGGAUUCACAUCUAUGCCUGAUCUUGAUUUCAACUUGGAGUCGUCCGUUGGGGAUCACAAAAUCACAAAUACUCAUCUCGCUUUACUCAUAAUAGGCAAAUUGAAGGCAUCUUUUCGUGACUCACUUGUGUUGCCAAACUGUGAAAGUGUAUGCAUCCCUUGGAUGUUAGCAGAGAAGGAAGAUUGGGUACCCAGAAGUGUUGCACCGAUGAUAUGGAUUAAAACAGACCCCGCCGGUAGUUCUGCCAAACAAGGAGAUGGGAAAUUGGCAGUUGAAGCUAAUAGAAGAAUACCUCAAAAUCCAAUACCAACAGACAAAAGACAGACAAAACCAAACGAAGAGCGUAGCACGACAAAACAACCUAAAAAUGAAGCAUCAGAACAGUGUACAACUUCAUCAUCAGCUGCUGCUGCAGUGGGUAAUCAAGAAAGAAGCGUGGACGAGUUGAGAAGGCCAUUGUUAAGAAUCAAUGAGAAGGGGGAGACAUCAGAGAGGAUGUUGGAAGGGAGGCAGAUGUUAGCAGCACCUGAAACGCUGAUGUUAGCAGCUCAACGAGAGCUGAAUGAUAACACGGACGAUGAGGAGGAUUCGAAACGGAAGAGAGUGAGGGCAAGAAUGCUUGGGUUUGGGAAAAAGAUGGGAGAGAAGCUAGAAGAGAAGAGGAGACACAUAGAAGAGAAAGGAAGGCACAUCGUAGAGAGGAUGAAAGGACCACAACAGGGUCAGUGA